AUGGCAGCGAUUUACGAUGGAAAACCCGUUGUUCUCUCCGGUGGAGACAAAUAUCUCUUUGACCCUCCUCGUGAUUUCGUAGGAUACGGUUUGGAACAACCUACCAACCCUUGGCCUAAUGGUGCUAAAAUCGCCGUCAGUUUCACUCACAACUACGAAGAAGGUGGUGAAUCUACACUCUGGAACGGAGAUGACAGGUCUAUCGCUUCUCUUCAUGAACUUCUUCCUAAUCGUGAAGCUCAAAUCGGUAAAAGGGACUUUCUCGUCGAGAGCAUGUACGAGUACGGAGCUAGACAGGGUUUCCCUCGUUUGUUGAAACUUUUCGAUAAAUACGGUUUCAAAUUCACCACUUGGGUGGUAGCUCGUGCUGCUGAAGUCACCGGACCUUACCCUAAACUCUGUGCUGAUCUCGGUCAUGAGAUCGCAUGUCACGGUAACCGUUGGUCCGUACCUGGUGAAAGUUUUGAUGAAGCCAAAUGGCACAUUAACAGGUCUUUCGAUAGACUUCAAAAAGCUACCGGUUUGACAGACGUUCCAACAGCUUGGUUCAUGGCCAAUUCCACUCUCGAUACUAAAUUAGCUCGUGCGGAAGUUCAUAAAGAACGUGGUGUACCUCUUCUUUAUCAUUCUGACACUUACGCGACCGAUACUCCUUAUUGGAUUCAAGAUCCUCUUGUCGUUAAAGGUGAAGAAGAUAAAGGAAUGCUUUCAAUCCCUUACAGUUUGUGUAACAACGACGCUUGUUGGUUCUCACCUAUCGGACAUUCUUGGUAUAACGCCGAUGAUUGUUUCGAUCAACUUAAAACCGACUUUGAUUACCUUUACGCAGAAGGUCAACGUGGUACUCCCAGGAUGAUGACCAUCGCUAUGCACAGUCGUGUUUACGGUAAACCAGGAAAGACUAUGGCUCUCAAGAAAUUCAUGGAGUACAUUUCUUCUAAACCUGACGUUUGGGUGGCUACCCGUCGUGAGAUCGCAGAGGCUUGGCGCAAGAACCACCCUUACGAGAAAGAAGGUCCUACCGCCAACUUGCACGCCGACGUUAAGAAAUAUUAG